CCAGCCGAAAACAGCACCCCUUAAUUGUAGUUAAUAAGUCAACGAUAUGGGCAAAUGUAUACGUACAUAAUUGAUAAUUCAUUCCCUCUCAUAUCUUAUGUGGGAACCAUUAGGACUCCAUCAGAGAAGAGCAAAGAGGUCAAUCCAGCGAUAACUAAAAUGGGUCGGAUCCAAACGGACCAGCUCCCCGGCCCUCCUCCGCCCCAAGCUCAGGGCGGUGUGCCACCAUAUCCUCCACAACCUCACCAGCCACCGCCACCACAGUAUAAUCUCCACCAGCCGCCGCCGCCUCCUCUGCCAAAUGCGGCGCAUAUGAUGCCUCCCUCCACUCCCCCGCAACAUCAGGCCAGUUACAGCGCAUACCAGAACAAUGCAGCACAGUACAAUCAAGUGACCCGGUAUGAGGCCAGCUGGGGAGCCCCUGGUGCCCCGGUGCAGGCCCAGGUGGCCUCCCCAUUGCAAGCCAGUGGCAACUUUGUGCAACAAAACAAUGUGUAUAACAAUGGUGGAGGUACGCAGUUCCCCCAGCAAAGCAGCACUUACCCGGGUAGCUCGGGAUUUCAAUUGCCCAAGUUGUGGCCACAAAGCAAAGGAGGUUACGUCGGCACGAGACCGUGGAACACUGGCCUCUUCGACUGCAUGCAAGAUCCAUCCAAUGCUUUCAUCACUGCGCUGUUUCCAUGCGUAACAUUCGGGCAGAUUGCAGAUGUCCUCGACAAGGGCAACACAACAUGCGCUACUAGUGGGAUAAUUUACGGGCUCUCGCCGUGCAUGCUGUCAAGGCGGUACCGGACAAAGCUGAGGAGGAUGUUCGGUCUUGUGGAGGCUCCGGCGUCCGACUGGAUAGUCCACACCAUAUUCGAGCCCUGCGCUCUCUGUCAAGAAUAUCGUGAGCUCAAUUCUCGUGGCAUUGACCCCGUCCUUGGAUAUCAUGGUAAUAAGGAGAAAAUGCAGGAUCAACUACAAGCAGCAGCAGCUGCUAACUCGCCUCGGAUGGUACCACCUCAAAAUCAGACUAUGGCCUAGCUAAAAAAAAUUGUUGAUGUCAAAUUAAUCUGAUUUGCUAAGGGGGUUAUUUCCUGGGGAAAAGCAAAAAAAAAAAAAAAAAGAUGUUGAACAACGGGAAGAUCCAGUAAUUAACUCAUUUUCCAUCUUCAGUUAAUCAAGUGUGUGUGCUUAUGCGUCACUCGUUAUUUUUUCUGGUUCAAAUAUGAGCCUGCUUCUCCCGUUAAUUCGAGUGCUAAUAUUUGUAAUUGUGAAACUAUCUUAAUUAUAUUUUUCAGUGUGUACCCUGAUAUGUGGAGGCCCAUAGGACUAAUCCAUUUCGAGCUGAGUUGAUCCAUGAUGUGAUUAAAACUCUCAUAGUAUGGAUUUUCUCUAUUACGAAACUCAAAUCCCAAACCUUACUUAAAAUGAAUAAAUAUCGAACCAUCUGAAUUAACUCAUAAUAGUAAACUAUCUUAAUUAUUGGAUUGUUUAUUUUCGACCAUUCUAAUUUCUAUUUCCUUUUCUGUU